AUGUAUUCCUCUUUGGCCUCGGCGGGGGAAUGGCCUGAUCUGUCGCGUGGCGCCCAGCCAUCACUUGAACCAUUUGCGAAACUCAGAUUGUGGAUCUUUCAGAUCAUCUGUCGUGCCUAUGAACUUGGACGUGAUGGAGCGCGGCGACACUCGGAGGAGGGAAUGUGCCGUCAACUUGCACCGACGGUGUUGUUCCGGGUAUGCUUGACAGAGAAAGAAAGCGGUGGAGUAAAAGGGACGUAUUCACCAAAGGAAGAGCUGUUGCGGUGCCCUGAGGCCCUUGUCAAAUUAAUGCAUUCCCCAACAGGGACAUCAGAUAUUGACGGGAUGAUUUAUGGUGUUGUGAAUUGCGCUUGCCAGUACCUUCAGGACGCGUGUGCGUUCUUGGAAUUGUCAAUGCAAGGAGAGGCCAGGGGUGUCAGUGGUGGUGGUAGUGGCAUGCAUCGAAAGCGAGGAGUUCUCAAUUCUCCGGUGUCGAAUGAUGAGGUCGAUUGUGGUUUUCCGUACUCCUCUUCUAGCGGCGUAGAUGUUUCUGGACGCGCCGAACAUUUUGGGGUUCGUAGGCAUUCAACACCUUCGGAAAACGUAUUACAUUUCCAGUCGGCUCAUAUCCCCGUGUAUAGCAGUGAAGACGGCACAUGUGCUAUCACUGGUGACCCUUCUCGCCGUAACGGUGUUUCUAUGGACGAAUGCGCUGUUUCAAGCCUUCAAGAAGCCCGGAUGAUGCUCCAGAUUAUCGUGGGGACAGCGUUUUCGUGCCCAAGUGAGCCUCUUGCCAAAGCUUUUCAGUUGGUCAUUGCGAGGGAAUUGGGACUAUCGUUACGUCCUUUUGAGGCAUGUUGUGGAGUGUUGAAGUUUCUUUCUUUUCUUAAUCCUACGCUAAGAGUAGCGAAUGAGGAGAGAAGACAGGGUGAAAAGAUCGGUUAUCUUUACUACUUGAAUGGUGUGCAGACGUCAGCAAGUUUGACAGAUGCGCUAUUUUCCUCUUCGGAGGCUACAGAUAGCAUACAGUGGUUUACGGCGCCCUCUCCCGCGGCGGUACUUCCAAAUUUGACGCGGUCGUUGACUGGGAGUUUGCUGGAGGUGAUGGAGGAGUUGCAGCAAGCAAAAGAUGGGAUAGCAGCAGCAGAGGCGUUGGCGACAACGUCCUUGUCGGCCAAUCCUACAAUGUCUGUGGCCAUACCGUCCUUCAGCCGCCGACGAGGCGGAGGCUGCUCGAACAAUCGGAUAAUCGGAAGCACUGGUGCGGAGAAGGAGCUGUUAAAUGCAGAGAGGGGGAAGGCGGGACAUGCAUCGAGGCAAACAGUAUGGGAUGCAUUGUGUCGUUGUAGCCUUACUAUUCCAAAGUCCGUACUCAGUGAAAGAUCUGACUUGUUGUACCGGAUAUUUUUCAAAAUGGGUGAAGUUCCACAGUACUACCAAAUUCUCUCUAUAUACCCAGAGGUUUUGCGGGCACAUCAUGCCACAUUUCAAUACAUAUUUUUUGAAGAAGGCCCGCUUCCUAUUUGCGAACGAUUGAUGAUAGCUUUGAUGGCAGCCAGUCGUCAAAAAUGUGAGUACCUUUUUUCUCGCUUUGCCGCUCUCUUGCUGCAUUUUGCGGAAAAGCAGCCAUCUAGUGAUGUGAUUGCGGAAAAUUGGCUAUUGCAAGGACCACCACCAAAGUUGCAGGCACUUCAACGUUUUAUAGCUAUUGCCACUCAUGUUCCAUGGCAAAUGAAACUGAAUGACAUCCGUGGUGCCAUGAACGCUGGAUGGAGCAUACCUGGUCUUAUACAGGCAUCCUGCAUCGUGGCAGAACGCUCUCAUUAUGUAGUUUUGUCAUGGGACUUUUUGUGCCGAACGAUAUGUGGGUAUCAAUACACU